AUGCGCGAAGUUGCUCGACUUCUGAGGUGGGGACUUACGUGGCUUCAAUCUCGACCGUGCAUAUACGUACGCCGUGUAGUGACGCGAAGGAACAGGUCGCGCAUUACGCUUAAGGCUAUGUCGCACGCGAGACCGAACACAGGCCGGUACAGGCUUGUCAUGUGCGAUUGCAUCCGUUGUGGUGGAUUGGAGGUACCGUACUACCUGUGGCAACAGCACAAGGAGCAAGAUGCAUUUGCGACCACAGCCUUUGCUGCGCGUGGACGUGCAAACGUAGCUUCCGCGUCAUCGCAUGUCGUAACAGGUGUAACCAUGGCCUCUCGUGGUCGAGGACAAAGGUACGGACCCACUGCGGCACUACGCGGACGAGGGGUAUCACUUCGAAGUCAAGGUGUGGGCCGAGGCAGCACCCUCCCGAGCAUUCCACGCAAGCGAUCGAGUUCACCUUCAUUUCAUUCGGGUCCGCUUCCACACCCUACAGCUCGUGCAGCACAAGCAGCAUCUUUCCCGCUCAUGGGUGAUGUUCCUAUGGAGCCUCUUGGAUCAGAUAUUCCCGAUGAUUCCAGCCCUUUAUUCGACAUGCGCACCCCUUCACCAGUCGCGUUCGCGGCAUCAGUUGACCCAGAUGCAGUUGGAAUAUCCCCCGCUUUGCAUUCCCACACUCCUGUUCACAUGUCGCGAAGUCCUAGUCCCCUCCUUCAGGAACGCGAACUGGGAUAUUAUGAGGACCCCGAUGACGAAGAAGUCCAGCGUGUCCUUAGGAUGUCUGGUCUGGACCCGGAGAGUGUCCCUGUCAUGGGCAAUGCUGACAUGUCAACUCCAGAACGACAAGAGAGCGUCACAGCAGCCGGUGCAGAAAUACGCGCGACCUGUGUCGCACAGCCUCCAGAGCAUGAGCUCGACGAUCCGGAUUCAUUCAUAGAUACAAGGAAGUUACCGCCGCUCGGAACGCGGCUAUCUGAUGAACGCGCAUAUCUCGAAUCCCAUCCGAAAUGGUUCGUACGUGCAAUAUUGAUGGUUGUGGGUAUCCUACACACAAAGUACCAUGUUACCUUUCGAGCGUCGUCGUUGAUUCUUUACGCAAUCCGCGCGAUUUUCAUCGCACUCCGCCUGUUAAACAAGGACGACUCGAUGCCUGCAACGCUCACCACUCUCCUGAAACGCCUCGAUUUGAAAGAUCGCUUCCAUGUUCUACCUGUUUGCAAGGCAUGCAAAUCUCUCUUCGAGCCGACGAUCAACCGCAAGUCAGCAUGCCCUAAAUGCGGGGAGAAGUUGUUUCCUCCUAGCGAACAUGCAGCGGUUCGCGAGCUUCGACGUCUUCUUGGCAGAGAUCCACCCAAACCUCCCCCCAUUCUCGCGGCUCCGUAUGCACCACUCUCAGCUGAGAUCGCCGACUUCUUAAGUCGCCCUGGUAUGGACAAGGAGGUGGUGGCAUGGGAGACAGAACCUUCACUUCCAGGCAGGUACUCGCGCAUCAUGGAUGGUGAUGUUUGGAAGACGCUCCCGGGUCCUGACAAGAAGCCAUUCUUCAGUAAGGACGAAAGUAGGCUUCCGGAGAUUCGGAUUGGUGUGUCUAUGAGUCUGGAUUGGUUCUCCUGCUCACGUACAUCUUUCGCGCCAUCGCAUUCUUCAGGCCCGAUGGCCUUUUGCGUACAGAACCUACGCGAAAGUGUCAAAUAUCGACCACAAAAUAUCCUCGUUUGUGCGAUGACACCGGGUCCUACAGAACCAACAGCGGAGCAAGUACAAAAUUAUCUCAAGCUUGUUGUUGACGACUUGUUGAAUCUGUACGAGAACGGUGUUAUCAUGAAGACGCCUUCACAUCCAGAUGGUAUCUGUGUUCGUGUUGCCCUCGUAGCUGUUGUCUGCGAUCAUCCUGCGAUGUGCAAGGUCAGUGGGUUCGCCGACAAGAAUCAUGCUGAGGUACCGUGCACGAAGUGUCAUGUGAAGCAGAACCAGAUGUUCUCGGACGAAGGGUUAUCCAAUGGUUUUCCACUGCGCAAUGGUGAGGAUCACAAGCGGUUAGCACGAGAGUGGAAAACGCUGUCAUCAGAGGCAGAGCGUGCUGAGUUCUUCAAGGCUCACGGUGUCCGCUGGACGGAGCUUGCUCGCCUACCGUAUUUCGACCCAGUUCGCAUGACCGUGAUAGACCCCAUGCACAACUUUCUACUUGGUGUUGUUAAAAAUCAGUGGUACGGGCGAUGGAUAAAGUAUAAUGCUCUCCGUGCAAACACUCCAAAGACGAAGCGUGAACUCGCUAUCAUGCAUGAGUUUCUCGAGACGUUUGAGUCACCUCCAUGGGUGGGACGGCUUCCGCUCCAUGUCGGUGAACCUGCCGGUGGAUCGCUUUCUGCAGAUGAAUACAAGGCUCUAGCUAUUACCGUUGGCCCCCUGAUUCUACCGGUGAUAUGGGAAGAGUUCUGUCCAGAAGCGAAGGAGGACCAUCAGAAAGCACUGAAGAAAUGGAGAAAGGCAAAGAAGAAAUGGGAGAAGGAUACGCAGGAAUGGGAACGCAUCCAGCAUGCACAGGAGACAUCGGCCAAGACGACAAGGGGUGAUGUCACUGCAUCAUCAUCGACAGCAGAACAAGUACCCCAAAGCGAAAUCGGCCAGGAACAGACAUCAGGAAGAGUUCCGGAGGUGCCUAGUCCUACGGCAACUCGAGAGGGAGCUUCUUCAAGUACGGUUGCAUCCACGAAAAAGGGCAAGAAGGUCAAGGACCCUGGUCCGGCGCCCGAAGAGCCUCGUCCACGCCUGCAGCCUGAGGAGAUGCAAGCUUACAUGAAGCUUGCAACGGCUUUAAAGAUCCUUCUCAGCGGUUCAAUCUUCGCGACACAGAUUGACCGCGGUGAAAGUCUUCUCUUCGAUUACUUGCGCGAUUUCAAAAGGCUGUAUGGUGGUGACGGGCUGAUGCCAAACCAUCAUUUCGCGGUUCAUAUAGCCGCACAGAUACGAGAUUAUGGACCAGUCUACAGUUUCUGGUCCUUCCUACCUGAACGACUCAACAAACUUCUGAAAGGUUUUCAUUUGAACAAUUGGGGUGGCGGGCAACUGGAGAUCAGCAUGUUGCGUGCCUUCAAACGAGACGCACAGAUUCACUCUAUGGUUCAUUAUGUAUCGCAAUCUAAAGGUACAUCAGACGGUGAUAUAUCUGCUCACAUUGCACAGCAUCUCCUGCACGAAAAUCGUGAGGCCCGUGGAACGGUUGAGUCCAUUGCGCAGGAAUUGGCAUAUGUCGCAGAUGAUGUGCUAUCUCUCUUGCCAAUAUCGCUUGGCCCUCCUUCAAAUCAAGGUGUCAAGCUGUCAGACCGCACUAGAGCUUCCCUCUAUAAGCUCUAUAACCAUGAUCACAAGCAAGUCUACUAUCCGACAGAGGCAAAUGUGCCUCGCAGCGCACACUUUCUGCAACAGUAUGGUCAGGUGCAUGACUAUGCACUGGUUGAUGGUCGACGAAUUACGCCUGUGACACACUCUAGCAAAUUGUCUGCUGCGUCUGCCAUCGUCAAAGUAGACCUCAAUGGGAAUAUCCUGGCUGGUGAAGUGAUGUCUGUCUUCGAGCACUUUCAAGGUGGCGUUACUGGCGAUACGGUCUUCGCUGAGAUGCGAUGGAUGAAGCGACUUGAUCGGGUUCCCAUUUCGGAUGACAUCUGGAGUGAUUAUCCCGAGCUUGAGACUGAAUUCUGGGAGUAUCAAAAAUACCAUGCAGAUGCUGAUGGCCCACCUGCGGUCAUACCACUCAGGAUGAUUCGUUGCCAGCUUGCACGUGGAAAAUUUCAUUCGCCCAAAAUGUGGAUGACAACGUCCCUGGAGCGCCAUGCUGUCUCAUUCACGACAGAGGAUUAA